UGACUUGGCCGUUGGAGGAGGAGAAGAAGAAAAAGAUUGUCAACAAUGGCGACCGAGUUUCGAAUGGAGUUGCUACCUUCGGACCCGCUGCUGCACAUAUUGUCCUUCCUUGACUUUAGAGACUUGGUCCACAUCAGUUCCACCAACAGGAGGCUGAAUGAGUUGUCCAAACACAAUCCGCUGUGGAGGUCGCUGUGCUCCAAACACUGGCUGCUCACAGACGUGGAGCGGGUGCAGAGCGGGCGGUCCUGGUUCAACCUCUUCAGGGAGUACUACGAUGACCUGGGCCGCUACAUCCAGUACUACUCUGUGUUGAAAAGAGCCUGGGAACAGCUGACCAAUUUCCUGCGGCAGAGAUGUCCACGAAUGAUCGCGUCACUGAAGGAAGGUGCCACCGAGGCAGAGCUGGGCAGCAUCGAGGCUCAGAUCGGCUGCCGCCUUCCGGACGACUACCGUUGCUCGUACCGCAUCCACAAUGGCCAGAUGCUGGUCAUCCCGGGGCUGAUGGGCAGCAUGUCGCUGUCCAAUCACUACCGCUCGGAGGUGCUGCUGGACGUGGAGACGGCGGCGGGGGGGUUCCAGCAGAAGAAGGGGAUGAGGCGCUGCCUUCCGCUCACGUUUUGCUUCCACACGGGCCUCAGCCAAUACAUGGCCCUGGAGCACACCGAAGGGCGCCGCAAGUUUGAGAGCUUCUACCCCUGCCCUGAUCAGACAGCCCAGGAUCCCUCUGUCAUAGACAUGUUUAUCACAGGUUCCUCCUUUUUGGAGUGGUUCACCACCUACGUCAACAACGUGGUCACGGGAGAGUACCCGAUCAUCCGAGACCAGAUCUUCAGGUACGUGCACGACAAAAGCUGCGUGACCACCACCGGGGAUAUCACCGUCUCCGUUUCCACCUCCUUCCUGCCCGAGCUCUCCUCCGUCCACCCGCCGCACUUUUUCUUCACUUACCGCAUCAGAAUCGAGAUGGCGAGCGGCGCGCCGCCCGAGGUGGCCUGCCAGCUGGACAGCCGCUACUGGAAGAUCACCACGUCCGACGGCAACGUGGAAGAGGUGCAGGGGCCCGGCGUGGUCGGAGAGUUUCCGGUCAUGACGCCGGGAAAAGUUCACGAGUAUGCCAGCUGCACGACUUUCUCCACGCCGUCCGAGUACAUGGAGGGACACUACACCUUCCACAGACUUGACAACAAGGAAGUCUUCAACGUAGCAAUCCCUCGCUUCCAGAUGGUGUGUCCGCCAUUCAGAGAGCCCGCGUUGCGGACAGAGUCGAGCGAUUACACGUCGGGCUUGAAGGGCCGCGACGGGGGCAACCGCGGCAACGGCGAUGAAGACGACUAUCCUGGUCUGAGGGGACUCAACAUGGCCGCCCUGGAGGGAGCGUGGUGCCCCCGACACGUAUGAGGUUUGCGGCGAGGCGUUGCUGCGGAAACCAGCCGGACGCUCGGUCAUUGUUUUUGGCCGAUGGUGGAUUGUGGGGGUGGGGGGAAGCCAUCGGGACAAUCUUUUCGCCUUGCGGCUUGUCUCAUCUUGCACAGCUUUGACGGCGCUUGUUUGGCGUUUGAAAGAUUUCGAGCAAAGGAGAUGGUGAAGCCUCACUUGUAUUUUGGCCCGUCUGAACUCUUUGGCUUGCAGCAGCCAGAACAGAAUUCUGUUGUCGCCGCCAUACGCCAAGUCCUUUUGUUUUGGGGAGGGGAGGGGGAAUCCCGCAAUGCUUUCGUGUGAUCCGAGCUUUUUAUUGCAAACCGAGGCUAUUGUAAACCGUGUCAAUUUAGUUUCGAGCGGCGGAACAAAUGUUGCACUCGAUCACGUCGUCUGUGGUGGCUUAGCAGUUCGUAUCUCCGCCCGCCGUGACUUCCUUUUGCUAGCGAGAAGCGUGGUGAGGUCAUUGCAGAUUUGUUAGCCGUUUCUGUGGCCGAGUGACAUCACUUUGCGAUUGGUAGCUUUGGUUUUUCUUUGUUUGUGAUGAAUCAAUAAAUCUGCAUCGCUGCCUCCCGUCAACACCGCGUUUGGUCGUCUUGAC